UUCAAGAUGGCGGAUGUGACGGCAGUCACCGGAUCGGGGGUCGAGGCGUACUGGAGUCGGGACCGUAUCCUUUGCCCGGCGGGCAGGGGGCGCUAGUGCACACGCUAGGUCCGGAGAGAAAUGAGGGGUCUGGGGGAGCCCCGGGGGCACUUGUGCUACGUCCUCUUCCUUGCCCCAGCCCCCGGAGGUCUUCCUCAGAGUAGGGCAGGCUUUCUGCAGCAAGAAUAGUAGAGCAAAACACAAGUUGAAAUUUUCCAAAGCUGGUGUUAAAGUAAAGGCUUCUAAGGUACCUGAUACUUCUGUCGCCAUGGAUCCUUUCAAAGGUGCAGGAGACUCAGCAUGUAAAGAGACUGUUUACAAUGGAGGAAUGAAGAGUGCCAGCUUAAAGGACUUAUGUCCUGAAGACAAAAGACGUAUUGCAAACCUAAUUAAAGAGCUUGCCAGGGUAAGUGAGGAAAAGGAAGUGACAGAAGAACGACUAAAAGCUGAACAGGAGUCAUUUGAGAAGAAGAUCAGACAGCUAGAAGAGCAGAAUGAGCUUAUCAUCAGAGAAAGGGAAGCCCUGCAGCAACAGUAUAGAGAAUGCCAGGAACUUCUGAGUCUUUAUCAGAAAUACCUUUCUGAACAGCAGGAGAAGCUCACUCUGUCCCUCUCAGAGGUCAGCACUCAUAAAGUGAAGGAGCAGCAACAGGUAUCCAUCAGGAAGGACUAUCCCAAUUCACCACAUCAGGAACAAAAUGCUUCCUAUAGGAACCUCAGAAGUUCAAAAACCUAUCAAAACAAGAAUGAACCUAAAUUUGCAAACCAGAGUUCGGCUUCAGAAACAAAUCUGCACUUCAGGAAUUAUUCUCCCAGGAUAACAGCCCUUCAUCUUUCCCAGGAUGGUCUGAAUAGGGAACAAGCAGAGGCAAGAACAUGUAACCACAAGUCCCCAGGAGCAAAGCUAAUGGGCUCAAUUCUGACAGAGAGAGCCUCACCAGAUAAUAUGAGAUUUAAGGAAUUUUCACACUCCCAGCCUUACCUAGGUGGUCACUGCUGUGUUCACAGUCAUCCUGAAAAUGAAGAUCACGUUCAUGAGAACCAUCAGGCAAGAAUGACCAAACAGCAUCCCAGGACACAUCAUCAGGAAUCAUGCAAUUAUUGUGAGCUUUCUUGGACACCUAUGCUACGUGCACCAGUGACAUUAGAGCCUGAGGAAAUGGAUGACAAAAAGCAGAUGUCAGUUGAGAGGAGGAAUCAACUUCUCCUUCAGAAAAUGGAGCUGGAGAUUGAAAAGGAGCGCCUGCAGCAUCUGCUGGCCCAACAGGAAACAAAACUCCUAUUGAAACAGCAGCAGCUACACCAGUCCCGGCUGGAUUAUAGUCGGUUAAAAAGCCAGGCUGCAUUUAAUUCAAGAGAAACUGCCAUUGAUGAAACACUCAGUAAAACCCAAGAACCAAAUCUUUCAAUGAAUGGAAUUGGCACAGGACUAAGCUUACUGAAGUUGAAGUGUGAUGAUUACUUGCUUAGAACAUCGUCACCCAGCAAAGGUUACAAAUUGCAUAGUACCAGUGAAGGGAACAAUACAGGGAAGAAAACUGUUGGAUUCCGGUCGACUGUAGAAGAUGACACCCUUUGGAUGUAUCAAAAGAAUGACAUGAGCAGAUCCAGAAGAGGGGCAAUGUCAGGAGCUAGAAAAGAUGCAACCACAUCUCCUAUAAUGUCAGUCAACCAAAAGGAUUUUGUAACCACAGCCACGUCACCAUUCCAACAUGACACUGCCAGGUACAGUACCACCCUGUUGGAUUUGGUCAUUCCCUGAGUCCCCAGCUCUGCUCCUAGACCACGGCCACCUCUUUCAAGGGAAGCUUGUGCCUGGAAUCACAGUCCAUCAGGUUUGGCCCCCGAAAGCUAGCCUGGGCCUCAAGGGCAUACGGGCCAUAUGAAGAGCCGGAAGAGAGUCGGAUCCUAGAGAAAUUUUUCUUCAUUUGAUGCAGAAGCAUGAGCUACAGGAUUUCCACAGAGUCAGGACAUUAUGUCCCUGUCUCUGAAAUGGAUUUGUUUCUCCACAAAAUCAUUUUAAAUUAUUUGAUUUGAAAGUAUGGUGUCACUCCUUCCAUAGGGAUCUAUUUCACUAGCACCUGUUAAAUUUGGAACUGAGAGAUCAUGCUAAUAAUCUAAGAUUUGGUCCAGUGCCAACUCAAAUUGUAUUAUAUUUUUAAAAUAGUCUUUUAUGUGCUGAGCAAUAAUUAGAAAAUUAACUUAAGACAUUAUUUCUUUAUCUCAGAAUCCAUUGCCUAUCCAGCCUCAUUUCCUGAGCAUAUUUCUUUCUCUUUUCUCCCAUUCACAAGGAGAAAGUUGGUUUUUAUUCAAAUAUCAUUCGUUAAUUUAAAAGCAGCAUUUUUAUAACAUAGGCUAUUCUAAAAGGAUAGGUUCUUUCACAUUCUCUGUUUCUCUCAUGAUCAGUUGGUCUGCACAUUUAGUAAUUUAAUUCUAAACCUGAGUUUUCUAAGCCUCAGCAAACGAGGGUUCCCUUUCUUAUUCCUAACAACACUAAUGGACAGGCCCUAAGGAAGCUCAGCAGGGAACAGCCUAUAGUUGUCUGCUAUCUGGCAAGAGGGCCCCAUAGGAAUAAUUGAGGGAAGAAUACAAGUCAGUCCUCUGAAAUACACCAUAAUAUAUGAAUGGAUACUCCAGAAAUCUGGAAGCUUUGGAUGGUUGCCUCUGAAUGCAGGGGGAAGAUCUGAAGAGGAAAUAAACCUGAAGCAAUUUUACUACCAGUUGACACUAUUUGUUGGUCACCACCAUUUCUUAUAGACUAAUCUGUGUAUUUUUUAAACUGGAAGUCCCUAGGGUACAGUUUCUCCACCAACAUUUAAUUAUGCACAUAGAAUCUGUUUGAGCUCAACCAGAUGUUCCCUUAUAUGCUUCAUGCAUUUGUGUAAGGAAGACGGUGCAUGAGUAGAAAGAUGGCAGGCAGGGUUCUAAAGCCUGAGUGACACCAUCUAUCCCUAUGUAAGGUUAGCAUUGCUAGGGCCCCCGAAACUAUGGCCAUCAGUGAAAGGGAAGUGCAAGGAUGGCAUUGUGGGGACUCUGAAUCCCUACUAGGUGUCCCAGGGACCUAUUUUGCCAGGCUUACUUCUGUCUACCAGCCAGAGACCUCUUGUACUUCUAACUCUGCCUUUCAUUUGCUCCAAGUUGAGCUGAGACCAAGCCUCUGUAGGGUCCAUCAUUGGCAGCUAAAAUUAAGCUGGCUAACUAUGGCAGAGCCUCACUGUGACCAUAGUUCCAGAUUUAUAAAACUGCUUGUUGAAAGACUCCCCUGAAUUCUUGGAAUAAAUUUGCCCUAUACUAAAAAAAUUGUUUUUUAAAAAUUUGCCCUAUUCUGCUGUACCGUGGAUCUGAAGUAUUUGGAACUAGGCAAACCUAAGUGGUUUGAUUGGUAGUUUGAGCCCAAAGCUGUUUCUGUAUUGACUUGGCCCUUCUGGUUGGACCCCUAGGCUUGGUCUGGGGUUUGGAGAGGUGAGAAGAAAAAAUUCAUUUCUUCCAUAUUUUUUUCAUAAAUUUGUAGUUAUCUCCAGAAUUCCUUCUUCACUUCCUUUGCCGCCAGAACUUUAUCCUCAGAUGCAGCUGCUCAUUUGAAAGGUUGAAAACUUGCUUUCGAUUGCAGAAUAAAAGGUCACUUAUGUGAAGGAAACCAAGCCAGUGCUAUUCCUCUUUAGGUACAAGUGGGGGAGGGGCAGUGCAGAGAGGGAAAAGAGUGGCAGAGGGAAAGGGGAAAUCUAGGAAGUUUUUAAUUUCCACCAAGUCUUGCAGAUUUGAACCAUUUUUCCGAUGUGAAAAAGACUGAAAUAGGAGUAACGAGCCAAAGCCAUUCUCUUCAAUAAAACCAACAGGCCUCUUGGCAUCCUUAGCCACCUCACCCUCAGUAACCCAGGUAGCUCACUGGCCAUGGGUAAACGCCAAUUUCUCCUGGAUAAGCUGUGCUUUACAGGGGGUUUCAGAAGUGACCAAUUGAUGGAUCCUCUUCCCCUUAGGUCCAGUGAUGUUUCUAACCUCUGGAAUAAGUUCCCAAUUCAGGAAACCUGGCAACCUUUGAAAGAACCACCUUUUAAGGGUCUCAACCAAACACUUGUCUUGUUUCACUCAGUUGCUACAGCUUUAAUUGCUCUUUAUUAGCUAAUGAAUGGACAUGUGGAAGAGCAAAGUUUGGUUUACCACAGUGCCUUUACCCCUACAUCUCCCUUUCUAUAAGACGGCCCCACCUUGGUUGUGUCCGUGUUAUUUUUGUGAGUAUUGAUUUUGGAUUCCUUGUGGGGAAGUGCAUAUGUGUGUGUGUAUGAAUAAUCCAACUAGUUUAUUACUAUCUCAGUGGCAUGUUUUAACAUUUUAAUCUGUUUUUAGUCUGAAAUCUAUGUGUGUGUGUGUGUGUGUGUGUGUGUGUUUAUCUAUAUAUCUAUAUCUAUCUCACAUAUAUGGAUGGACAGAUGGAUGAAUGGAGGGUCAAAGAAGCUGUUGGUGGAGCUUUGAGGCCUAGGCCUGCCUGUAGAGUGUCCCAGUUGUUAAGUGACCAUUUCUGGACUUUUUAAAUAUAAAAUAGAAAAGAGUCCAUCUCACUCCCUACCUCCACCUCCUGCACACAUGCCUGUGUCAUCCUAUCCCUGACAGUUUUAAAAGACUUGCCAGAGUCCUGAUGGGGAUUUCUCCCCCUGACAGUGCUAUGUAGGAGCAUUCCUCAUCCCAGCUUCAGGUUCUUUCUGUCUCAGAGGAGCAUCUGGCACAGACAGAAUCCAAGUCAGGGGGCAUGUAUGCAGGUACAGCUCUGAUUGCCUUUCUACCCCAUAGGCUAGGAAGAAAAAGUAAUCAGUGUUUAUGAAAAAGAAAAGAACCAAAUAAAUCAUCUAAGGAAUUUUCUCAGUACUUUAAACACUUGGGUGUUAAAGGCCAAAAUUGAACAAUUAAAAAAAGUCCUCACCAGUAACCUCACCAGAAGAACUUCUUGCAUCCACACAGUACCUACCCAUGGUUGGCUUGUCCAGAGUACCCCUAGCUAUCAUGGGCUGAGGAGGAGUACUUUCCCCCUUCCACAAAGAUGGCUCUUAACACUGACUUCUUCAAGUCUGUGGCAACAACUAUGGAAAUCUUUUGGCUCAAGGGAGACUCAUGGAGUUUCUGGUUCUGUCCCAGUCCUGUGGUGACCAGAGAUGUCCUCCCAGUCUCUUCUUUUCAUCUUGUGAAUGUAUUUGUCAAUGUGGAGCAAUGAUUAUAUAUGUCUAUCUAUAUAUGAAGGUUUUAAAGUUUAAUAAAUUAUAUAGCUUGUUUUCCUCUGUAUACUUUUAGUAGACUUGUCCUUAUAUAUGGCAUUUAUCUGGAAGACAGGGCCUGCUUGAAAGCAAAAACACAGAAGUCUGCUGAUUUUGAUUAGCUUCCCUAAUGCUAAUCUUCCUAGACCUACCACCACUUCAGUCUCCAUGUAGACGCUAGGCCCCUUCUAGUGGAUCGGAAGUAGGGGGGUGAAAUGAUAAGAUAUUCUGGUCCAUUGUUCUAGCUUAAAGGAAUUUCACAGAAUUAAAA